AUGUUGGUGGCGGGGUCCAGUACCCCUGUCAUGGUUUUUCUGUGGUCGUCCUCAGUCCUUGUGGGCUUUGUCUACCGCCUGCUGCAGCUGUUCCUUAUCUGCACUGCCUGUUGCUGGGAAGCCUUCUGCGUCACCUUCUCCUGCUACGCAGCUGUCUCCUGCCUCUCGGUCUCCAUCACCUACCCCAGCACCAUCCAGCUCUCGGCUCACGGCCCCUGCCAGGCCCAAGUCAUCUCCACAACUGUACUCUCCUUCACGGCUUCCGUGGUUUAUGCCACUGAAGUGGCCUGCCUGGACUCUGUGACCAUCAUAGGCUACUUCCUCCGCCUCCUGCAGCUGCUCUCCACCUGUGUGGCCUUCUCCCUGGUGGUCAUUGCCGGCGCUUGGAAUGAGGAUUUAAAUAACUCGUCUGUGUUCAUCUGGUGCUUCUGCUUCACAGUGACUUUCGUCAUCCUUGUAGUCGAGUUAUUGGAGUUGGACUCUGCUUUCUACUCCUGGGACAGCUUUCUCAUUGUCUAUGCCAGCUACUUCACUCUCUUCUGCCUCUCAGCUUCCAUCACCUACCCCAUUGUCUACCUUCAGUUCAUCCCUGAUGGCUCCCCCAGGAACUACGCCAUUGCCACCACUGCAUUUUCCUGCAUCGCUUCUGUGGCUUAUGCCAUAGAAGUGGUCUGGACCUGUGUCCACACUGAGGCCGCCUCCUGCUCCUUUCCAGGCCUGCUCAAAAGGCUGGAGAAUUUUGUGGCUUGUGUCAUCUUCGCCUUCAUCAGCAACCCCUCCCUGUACCAGCACCAUCUUGCCUUGAGGUGGUGUGUGGCCGUGUACUCCAUCUGCUCCAUCCUGGUGUCCGUGGCCAUCCUGGGACACAAGUGUGAAUGUGACAUAAGGCCACUCUUCACCUGUUUUGUGUGGCAGACCUUGCCCUCCACCCUCCUCUACUUCACUGCUGUGGUCCUCUGGCCUCUCUGUCAGUUCAACGAGGAGUUUGGAGGUCAGCCCCAGUGGUCCAGCAAUGCCACCUGCAGCAGUGGGAUCUUCAUGUGUGUCUGGGACCAACGACUGGCUGUGGCCAUCCUGACAGCCAUCAACCUGCUGAUUUACAUGGUUGACCUCGUGUACUCCAUCGACCUGUUUUGUGUUAGUUAA